AUCCGACAGAUUCAGGGACGAAAGAGCGGGGAUAGGGGUGAACGAAGCAGGCCGGACCUGAAGUUUAUUUCCUUUCCUGCAGGAGAUGGUCGCCCAUUGACAAAGCCACCUCGAAGCGAGUGUCAAGCGACCCGGUUGACGGCUUCGGAUCGUCGUCCUAGAGUUCAGAAGCCUGCUGUCCGGGGCGUGCGUCUGGGGACGAUGGUUCCUGUCCAGAUUUCCGAUGAUCAGGACGGUGCUACGGAAAUCCUGGUUAUAUCUAUCUUAACAGAAGCCUAUUAAUCCAUUUCUUUUUCAUGAUGUUUGUUCAUCUGUCAUCGUCCCCUGGCUUCGUUCGUCCUUUGGCAGUCAUUCGUAUGAUUUUUUUCCUUGACCACGCUUCAUCAUGUCGCUUGCUCCUCCUGAGGUCAUGGCCACUUGGCCGGCGCCGAACUAUGUGAACCCUUCGACCAUGGUCCCCGCUACUCUGGGCAGCCUCCUCGCGGGCAUGGUUUUGAUGUUAAUGUUUGUCGCUGCGAGACUAUAUAUCCGAUUAAAUCUGGCAAAAGGGUUUGGAAUGGAUGACUAUUGCAUCAUGGUUGGUGUGUUAGCCAUCAUCGGCACAACGGUGUUAGCCACCAUACAUUGGAAGUAUGGAGCUGGCUAUCACGUAUGGGACUUCAAAAUGGAGUGGUAUGGGGGGUACCAGAAGAUAUCUUUGGCAGCCACUACGUUGUUCAACGUUAACGUCACGUUCCCCAAACUGUCGCUCUGCUUCACGUACCUGCGGAUUUUCCCUUCCAAAGCGAACCGCAUGUUCUGCUACCUAAUGAUCGCCUUUCUCCUGGGGUUCAUGAUCAGCAUGUCGCUGGUGACGAUUUUCCAAUGCCUUCCAGUCCAGUCGUUUUGGGAUUUGAGCGUCCCGCCAACAGUGUGUAUCAAUCGAUCGGGCUUCUCGAUUGCCGCUGGCGCUUUGAAUAGUGCUACAGACUUCCUCAUUUACUGGUGGCCAUCUCGGGCUCUGUGGAAGAUCCAGCAACCGUUGAAGACGCGCUUAGGGCUCGUCUUUGUAUUCUCGGUUGGCUCCCUCAUUUCCAUCGUGGGUGUUCUCCGCGCCUGGUACAUCCACCUUAUCUUCAUCCCUCCAAAAGUCUUCGAUCUAUUCUACGAGGGUAACGUCAUCUGGAUCCUCGGCGGCAUCGAAUGGAACCUCGGCAUGAUCUUCUCCUGCUUCCACGGCAUCAAGCCCAUCCUCGCCAAGGUCUUCCCCCGCAUCUUCGGCACCACCCAGGGCUCCUCCGCUGCCGCCGGCUACUCGGGCGGCCGCAGCAAGAAGUUCUCCAACCGCAGCAGCGUCAAGAAGUCCUUCCAGACCUUGCCGACCGAGAGCAUCACCGACCUGGGCGGCAGCCAGUCGAAAUCGCAGAUCCACGCCAUGAAGAGCUUCGAUUCCGCCAGCGAUGAUAUGGGGGGGAUCGAGUUGCCGAGCCGGGCGGUGAAGUAUACCCGCGAGAUCACGGUGCAGAGUAAUCCGAGAGAUGAGGAUGAGCGGCAUUUGGUCCAUAGCGGACCGAAGUAUCGUCGAGGGCAGUGGGAUAUUGUUUGAUUAUUAUGUGUGAUGUGUGAUGUUUUG